AGUGAUCUUACCUGAAGAAUAUGGAGCAUGGUCUUCUGUCUGAGAUUUGAAUAUUUUACUUGUUAUCUGAAGUAUUGAUGUCAGUGUGACAAUGGAGGGUUCAGUUCAAAUGCCUGUGCUGUCUCUGAAGAUAGUGGCGAUCGUAUUAAUGAUAAGUGGUCUGACAAAAGCACAAACAGCUGCACUUACUACUGCAAACCCUGGUUAUGACCCAUGCAGUAACUAUACAGUCCUGGAUCAGCCCUGGAGAGCUACUAAUGCAUCAUGGAAUAUGGUGUGUGAUCAAGUCUUUCAGUGGAACGGCUGGUAUCGUCUUCUCUAUUAUGGGAUGAACAUACGCAUGCCAGAGCGCUGUAGUAGUGGAUGUUCCACUAAUAUUGCCCUAUGGAUAAAUGGCUCACAUCCCCAGAUACAGGAUGGAAUUGUCACCCAUCAGAUCUGUGGUAAUGGUGGUGAUGUUGGCAGAUGCUAUUGUCCCUUCAGUACAACCUCCAUUCGAAUCAAAGCGUGCCCAGGAAAUUUUUAUGUCUAUGAAUUCAUCAAGCCUGGGUAUUGUUAUUCAGCCUACUGUGCAGCAACAGACUCCAGCUUUGACCCAUGCUAUAACUAUACUGCCCUGGACAACUACUGAAGAAAUGCACGCACAUACGACCAAGGACAUGAUGACACCCUUGUAGAAUGGAAGGGCUGGUAUCGACUGUAUCUUCAAGGACAAAGUGCUCAAAUGCCUGAAUGGUGUGUGAAUUAUAUGAUAUGUGGUGGUUUUACUCCACUGCUGCUCAGAGGUUCACAUCCACAGAUUGGGGCUGGAAUUGUGACUCGUGAAGUAACUGGAUCUCGCUGGUACUACUCAUACAAUUACUACAGAUCCAACCCAGUUCAAGUCAAGGCUUGCCCAGGAAAUUAUUACGUCUAUAAACUUGUUAAACCAGAUAUAUCGAUCCCUGUUCCUUCAUACUGUGCAGUUUCUUUUAGCAACUCCAGUGUAGACCCCUGCUACAACUAUACUGCCCUGAAUGAUACUUGGAGAAGCAGCACUGACUCCAGCACAACUUUAAACUGUGAUAUGUAUGUGAACUGGGUGGGCUGGUAUCGACUUUUCUAUCAGGGACAAAGUGCCAAGAUGCCAGAAACCUGUGUCAGUCCAAACAUGUGUGGCACUUAUGGCCCUCUUUGGCUCAGUGGCUCUCACCCACAUGUAGAAGAUGGAGUGGUGGUCCGGCAAAUCUGUGGAAGCAGUGGCAGUGAUUGCUGCUUUUACAAAUCGUUCCCAAUUCAAGUGAAAGCCUGCCCAGGAAAUUACUAUGUGUACAAGUUUGUCAAACCAAAUACCUGCACUACAGCCUAUUGUACAGAUACUAGCAUCAUAACUGUCACCAGUGCACCACCAACUACCCCACAGGAUACUAGCAACAUAACUGUCACCAAUACACCAACAACUACCCCACAGGAACACGUUCUGGCAGUGCGACUGAAAGUCCUGACAAGCUAUAAACUGACAGACACCAACAACCACAUGAUCAUUUCGCAGAAUCUUCAGGAUGAACUGAGGAGGAGAGGUGUGGCAUCCACUGUAAGAGUGAAAGUGAAACGCGUUCAGAAGAAAAGUCCAUGAUAGUUGAUUCUGUGAGCUCAAAGAAUCUGGUUAUACUUCUCUGUGGGAUAAUUUCUCAGAAUAUAUUUGCUUAUUAAAUUAAUAGUAUUUUGGCAUUUAAUACUGUACCCUUUCUUGAAACUACUAACUAAAAUGUACUCUUGAUCAAACUGCAUUAUUCUACAUUGCAUAAACAAACUGUGCAAAUAAACAACAUGUUUAGACUUUAGUUUGUAUCAAAUUUAAAUGAAUUAUAUACAAACUGUGCUUUUGAUUAGGCACAAAUGGUGCAGGGUUGUAGAUUUUUAGCCUGAGGUUGGAGUUCCUACAAUUAGUUUUCUACAGUUUUUUUCUUAAGAACAGUAUUCAUGGCAGAUAGUUGUACAUGACUGCCUACUACAGGUGUAAAAAUGCACCAUGGAAUUGUGAAUCACAAUGUAAACUGUGACAGUGAGCAUCAUGGAGGUGUGAUAAUGCACCAUGGGUAAUGGAUAUUCUAUUAAUUAUGCUCUUUAAUGCAAAUGCAUUAUUUAAACACUAAUGUUCACCAUCAAUCAGCACCAAUCAGAAC